CCUCCGCCCCACAAGAGGCGCUGUGCAGGCCCCGGGGCAGCCAUGGCGGCGCUGAGGGCCGCGCUCUUGGCUCCGUUGCUGGCCCUGAGCCGGGCCGGGCCGGGCCCAGCACCCUCAGCCCGCAUCGAGGUGGAGCUGGCGGGGCCUGGAGCCGGCAACGGAGCCGGGAACGGAGCCGGGGAGGCCGCGGGGCCCGGCGGCUCCUACACGCUGCGAGGGGCCCUGCUGGGAGGGCCGCGGGAGGAGGCGAUCGGAGGGCGGCUGCUGCUGGUGGGAGAUGAGGAGCCUGAGCUGGGCGCUGAGGACAGCUGGAUCGGCGUGGUGCCGCUGGGCGAGGAGCCGGCUGACGGUCCCCGAGGUGCCAAGGAGGAGUCCUUCACCGCCGCCGUGGUCAGCAAGAUGAAGCGAGCCCUGGUGCUCGGGGCAUCGGCUCUGCUCAUCCUGGCGCUGAACCAGAACGCCAUCCGAGAGCUGGAUGUCUCUCAGCUCCUCGCCAAGCCCAUCAUCGUGAUCCAGUCCUCGGACAACGUCACCAGGCUGCUGGGCGCACUGCUGCGGGGUCUCAGAGCUACAGCGAAGAUCACGUACCAGGCAGUGCUGCUGGAGAACCUGGGUGUGACGCUCACCCUGUGGUCCACCUGCGGCCUCUCCCGAGGGGGCCUCUACGGGGAGUGGCAGGGUGUCAUCUGCACCGGGGAGAACAGCUCGCAGGUCCAGAAGUACCUCCAGCAGCUCUGGAACACCAUCCUGCUCAUCGCCCUGCUCCUCUGCACGGGGGUGAUCGUGCAGGCGCAGCGGCAGUCGCGGCAAGACGUGUCGGAGCGGGAUGCCGAGCUGGACCUGAAGCAGCACAUUCGGCGGCGGCUGUCGGCCCUGAAGACGCGGCGCUACCAUCCCGGCAAGGCGCUGCAGAGCCGGGUCUGCGAGAUAGAUAGCUGCGCCGUGUGCCUGGAGCAGUUCUGCAAGAGCCAGUGGCUGCGGGUGCUGCCGUGUGCCCACGAGUUUCACCGGGACUGCGUGGACCCCUGGCUCCUCCUGCAGCAGACCUGCCCCCUCUGCAAGCACAACAUCCUGGGGAACUGCUGUGGAGAGAGCUAGCCAGCCCGGCGGACGUGCCCCGGGGCUGCUCCGGGAAGAACGGGGGGAGAGGGACCGGGGCAGGCGCUGGGCGAGCUGUGCUCGGUGCUGGCACGGGCUCAGCGUGUCCGUGCCCUUCGCAGCACCCUGGCAGCGCCUGGCCUUUAGGGGAGUGAAGGAUUUGGGGGCUCUCCCUGCUCGGCGUGAGUAGAGGGGUGGGGGGCACAGCUGGGCAUAGCCCAGAUGGGUGCUGCUGGGGGGCUGGGGGAAAGGGCACCGGGGAGGGGACAUCGGGGGAGGUCUGCAGGCCCAGCUGCUCCCUCUCCCUGCUCGUAGUCAUUUUUCUAAGUCUUUUUUUUUAUUUCCCCCUGGCCGUGGCAGGGCACGGCUGGGACGCGUUGGGUGACAUGGCUCUGCCACAGCCAAGGGACGGGGACGGAGCUGGCAGGGCUGCAGGGGGACCUGCUGCUCGUGGCAGGAGGGUGGGAGGGGGGAAAACACCCUAUUUAUACUAACUUAUUAGAGAGGACGGCGCAAGUGAGCUGCAGAGACUGAACACGAGCUGUGCUGUGGUGUCCGAGGACUCGCCGUGAGCCCCACGUGGCUCCAGCUCUGCCUGGCAGCCGCAGCGCUGCCCAGCUCCGUCGCAAUUAAACACAGCAAGGAGAGGC